AUGCUUGUAAACAGGACCUUAGAGUACAAGAAGUUUGCAAGAAGAAGGGACACUAGGUUCACCCCGCUUUCUACUGCGAACGUGAGGGCAUCCUUGAGUGAUGUGAGGCGGAGCAUCUCCAGGUUGGGCAUCACCCAAGAAAAACAUACCAUGCCUUCGUUCUCAUCGAAAAGAAAGAAAAAAGACGAAAUUGACGAGAUCAAGAAGUGCAUAAGUGACCAGAUUCUUCAUGCAGAGAAGAGCAUUGGCGAGGCUUUGAAGAAUUUGAGUUCAAAGGUUCUCACGGAAUGCAUGCACGGAUACUUCUUUGGACAGCUGAAAGCAGCAAUUCGUGACUAUAGAGGGCUGCAGCAGAAGUUUCUGAAGAACAUAGACACGCAUGAAGAGGCGGAGUGUGAGGAUGAAGAGAAUGAGAGCAACACAAUGCUUCUUGAAAAUGUAAAGGACUUGAGAAAGUCGAUCUAUGACCUUACCUCUGUCCUUCUCGAUAUGAAGAUGGCUGUUGGGCAGCAAUCGCUCCAAAUAGAUAGACUGGACUUUUAUCUCGACUCUAUAAACUUUUAUCUUGAAGGAGCCAACAACGAGCUGGAAAAGAUACCCGCCUCCCGUCGGAGAGUGAAGGAUAAGGUCAUGUACUCCAUGUUACUUCUUUCCAUUGUGCUUGUUCUUAUGUCUAUGAUAAAGAUCACCAGGAGCAAGUAA